AUGUCCGGUGUCGAGGACGUAGAGGCCCGACGUAAGAACUACCGGCGGCCACAUAACGCCCAUAACCCGAUACCUACGGUCCAGAAAUACAGGGAGGAGAAGCAAAAGAGACAAGACGAGUACGGUCAUCCAGAUGGCAGUAACGAACCGAGCACACGCGACCGGCUAGGGGACGCCGUCAACGUCUUCAGACAUGGAAGAGACGUCGAGUUGGACAACGACGGCAAUGGGCCAUACCCAGUCAGGAACAAGAACAUCGAGCAGGACGAGCCACUUGCAGACGACCACGCCGGAAAGAACACACCCGAACAGAAGGACCAGAAUCUGGCCAAAGACCAAGGCGACGAAGAUGGACUCGAGGAUACGACAGAGGACGGAUUAACAUCGUCAGAUCCCAAGCAGGCCCGGAAGGAUAUGAAGAAGUUCAAAGCCGACGGUGCAGAUCGCGAAGUCACCGAUCCCAUCACCCAUCUACCCAUCAAGAUUCACGACUAUACCGAUCGCGAGCUGAAGAGCACCGCAAAGAACCCGAGCGCUGCAGGGUCCGACCCACGUACAAUGACCGGUAAAGACGCCAUCAACAAGAGCGACGAACAUCUCGAAUACGAAGGACAAGAAUCGCAGGACGCUCAUACGGGUAUGCAAGUCUUGUUUCCACCUCCGUCGUUUGACAGGACCCGAGGUGAGAUUACAACUGUCUACAUGCAGGCUGUGACUGUUGGCGUGGGAGCAGCUGCGGUUAGCUUGAUGCUGGUCAACACAUUGUUUUGGCCGACGCGUCAUGCGACGGGCUGGGGGAGACAGGCAUGGAAGGCCGCUGAACUUAGUGUCAUGGCACUCGUCUCCACAGCUAUCAUACUCUUCAUGCGACAGUGGUCAGAAAACAAGAUCAAGAAUGUCUGGGAUGUCGAGGUUUGGCAGGCGGAGCGACAAAAGGGCCAGAGACUGGCCAAGACCCAAACUGCGGAAAGUACACAAUGGCUCAAUUCGUUGAUGGCUUCAAUAUGGCCGUUGAUCAAUCCGGAUCUAUUCGCCAGCAUUUCAGACACACUUGAGGAUGUCAUGCAAGCCUCUCUUCCGAGUAUGGUUCGCAUGGUGGCUGUCGAAGAUCUUGGCCAAGGUAGUGAGGCCCUCCGCAUCCUCGGCGUUCGAUGGCUUCCAACAGGCGGGGCUGCUAGAUCAGUGGGCUCCGAUGGAAACCUAAAGUCUCCGGAUGAGGAAAAAGGUGACCGGACUGUCGAAACAAGUGAUGACGAUGGCGACGGCCAAGACGACGAACAACAAGACGACAUGCAAGCAGAAGACGGAGACUUCGUCAACGUUGAACUUGCAUUCGCAUACAGGCCAUCCACGGGAAAGGGUAUCAAAUCGCGGGCCAAACAUGCCCAUAUACUCUUGGCGUUCUACAUGCCAGGUAACUUCAAAAUACCUGUUUGGGUCGACCUCGCGGGCAUUGUUGGUGUUAUGCGCUUCCGUCUACAGCUGUGCCCUGAUCCUCCGUUCUUCUCAAUUUGCACCAUGUCAUUCAUGGGGCAACCCAAGGUCACUCUCUCGUGCGUGCCGCUUAUAAAGAAGGGCCCGAACCUCAUGGACGUACCUUUGAUCUCCAGCUUCGUGCAGUCGUCCAUGGAUGCAGCACUGGCUGAGUAUGUCGCGCCUAAAUCUUUGACUUUAGACCUCAAGGACAUGAUGAUGGGCGACGACUUCAAAAAGGAUACUAUUACACAGGGAGUUAUCAUGGUGCGCAUCAAGUAUGCGUUUGACUUCAAACACGGCGAUACCAAGAUCGGUCCUUUUGGAGGCUCUGCAGAUCCCUACGUGAGCGUGGGAUGGGCCAAAUUCGGAAAGCCGUUGUGGUCGACGCGUGUUCUCCAGGAUAACAUGAAUCCACACUGGGAUGAGCACUGCUUCGUCUGCGUCACCUUUGACCAGCUGAAUGUAGACGAGAAACUGAGGCUACAGUUGUGGGAUUCUGACCGUUCAACUGCUGAUGACGACCUGGGACGUAUCGAGGUAGACCUCAAAGAGUUGAUGAAGAGCGACGAUACCAACGGCAAGAUGCACGAUCGCGAGGACGGUUUCAGAGCCCUCAAACGCGGGGAUGAGAUGCCGGGAAAGCUGAGCUGGAGCCUGGGUUACUUCUCGAAAACCCGGAUAACUGAUGAUCAGCUUGCUAUGCAAGAUGAGGACCCCGAUGUCAAGAAUAUUGACCAGCUGAAGAAGAAGAUGUACAAGGAGGCAGAGAGCAAACUUCGAGAGGCAAGUGAGGACCAUCGCGAUGAAGUGGAACAGCAAAAGUCCGAGGAGUUCAAAGCUCGGCAAGACCAGCUCAUCAUUGCGUCCCCGCCUUCCGAAGACUACCCGUCGGGUAUACUCAGUAUCCAGAUCCACCAAAUCACGGGCUUGGAAUUGGAGACAUUAAACAAGCAGAAAGACUCUGCAAAUGCGGAGGCAACCGACGAAGAGGAAGAAGGCGACGGCUUACCUUCUUCAUACUGCACCAUUAUCCUCAACCACAAGAAGAUCUUCAAAACACGUACCAAGCCAAAGAACUCGAAACCGUUCUUCAACGCUGGCUGCGAGCGCUUCAUCCGGGAUGUUCGCAAUACUGAAGUACACGUUGCUGUUCGGGAUGCUCGCAUACACGAAGACGACGCCUUGCUUGGAAUCGUCUACCUGCCUCUAGAAAGGGUAUUCCAAAAGCGCAGUCAGAUCAAUCACAUGUUCCCACUCGCUGGAGGAGUUGGAUAUGGUCGGGUCAGAAUCUCCAUGGUCUUCCGAAGCGUGCAAGUCGAACUACCACGAAGCAUGCUUGGUUGGGAUUACGGCACCGUGGACAUCAAUCCCCGCAUAAAGGCCCUUGACGUUCCAGAACAUCUGCAGCCUCUUCGACUCAAGGUUCGUACUCCACUGGAACGUGCAAAAUUACAUUCGCGGGGGCGUAAUGGCAAAGUUCACUCGGAGGAUGGCUCGACUAUCUGGACUACAAAGAAGGACAAAUCCAUUCGCUUACCUGUGCGGGCGCGCUACUGUGCGCCAUUGGUAUUCGAAUUCCGACAAGAUGCCACAUUCCGAGACCACACACCAGGUUUUGGUAUCCUUUGGCUUAAGGAUGUUCCCGACAACGAGGAACAGACAGUACGCAUCCCCAUCUGGAGUGGCGACUUGAAGCGCGCAGAAAACAAUGUGCUUGAAACAUAUGGCGAGAAAGUUGGCGAGAUCGAAGUAACAUUGACGUUCUGGUCCGGCCUAUCAGGAUACCACGAAAAGCUUGCAAAGGGCGACAAGCACAUCUCCAACGUUAUGGAAGUUCUCGAAGUUACCAACGACCAUGAGUGGACCGACUGGGACGAUUCGUCAGGCUCCGACAAGCCCGGCAUCAACGACAACAAAGAGACUGACAACGACAGCUCAUCCUCCGACAGCUCGGAUUCUGAGGACGACGGCGACGAUCCCGAUAAGAAGAAAUUUGUCCCAGACUUCCUUCAGGAUGGCGGUAAAAGGAUCGACUCAAAGCUGAGUACAGAUGGCACCAGCGGUCCUAUCAGUAAGAUAAAGGACUACAGGGAGAGUGCACACGCUCUGCAUCGGAAAAAUAGGGGCAUGAUGCAAUGGAAGGGCCCGAGGACUUUGGCAUGGAUGAAGCAUGUUGGUGAUCGUGGAAAGAAGAAGGUUGGAAACAUGUUCCAUCAUCAUGAGAGGGAUGGAGCGGGUGUUGAGACGGAGGCUUGA